ACCAUAUAACACAUACCUAUUUAUUAUCUAUGGUUAAAUCGUAGACCAUGUGGUGAGUGGCUGUAUGUGUGAGUUUGUUUCUUGCUUUCUGUGAAGAUUAAGAAUAUUUAUAUCAGGCCAAAUGGCAGAUAGUAUUUCCCUCGACAGAUCAUCACAGUCGACUUUCACGAAAGCCGUAAAAAAUAUUAAAACUCUGAUUAAGAAGAAUGAGUUAAAAAUCCGGGACCAGUGUGACAGUGAUGCCACUACUGCUGCAGGGAAGAAAGCUGUUUUGGGAAAGAAAAAAUCUGCUGAUCAAAAAGAUAGUAAGUCUACAUGGCAGAAUAAUGGGAAAGGAGUCGUAUACCUUGGCCACAUUCCUAAAGGCUUUUACGAGGAAGAAAUGCACUCAUACUUCAGCCAGUUUGGCAGAGUUACUCGACUGAACUUGGUCAGGAGCAAAAAGAAUGGGAAACCUAAGGGAUAUGCCUUCAUAGAGUUCCUGUACUCUGAAGUGGCGCAGGUGGUGGCUGAGACGAUGAACAAUUAUCUCAUGUGUGGCAGACUUCUUAAAGCCGAGUACGUCAGUGGGGAACGUACAUACCGAGGAAUGUUUCGAUGCUCUAAAAUUCGUCCUGAGAACUGUCCAGGGAGAAAUACCCAGAAGAGGUGGAUCCAGAAAACUAACAAGAAGCUAACACCGGAAGAGGAGGCAGCAUCGGUGGUUCAUGAAAUCAAGCGCUUCACCAAACUGAAGAAAAAGUUGGAAAAGAGUGGCAUUCAGUUGGACUGCCAGAUUGAGAGCAGUUCAUUGACACCGCUGAAUAAUAAAAUUUCCAAGACAGGACGACAUCCCAUUCUUUUGAUUGAUGAAAGCGACGCAGAGAUUGAUUUCAAGCCGCAACCCAACGUCAUCAGGGUACUGAAACGCGAAUCCGCAGCGUCCGUGCCAUCCCCAGGCGCAGAGAAGGUAAAGGUUGAAUCAGAGAAGGGCGUCUCAGAAGCAAAGCCUCGUCGGAAGCGCGGCGGCACCUCGGCUAUGAAAUCCAGAUCUUCAUUGAAGUCCUUACUUUCUCCCAAUGGAAAAGUGAAAGCUGAAACAGAAAAGAAUGUUUCCAAUAAUAAUCUGCAACCCAAUGUCACUUCAGUAAAGAAAGAGAAGUCUUUCACAUCAUCGCUUUCUCCAGAUGUAAAGAAAGAGAAGGCCGGGAGACGUGCGGAUGUUUCCGACACAAAAUCUCAAUUUGCUGGCAGCGAGGGAGUGGAAUCCAGAUCUUUUUCAACGUCCACUCCUUCUUCCAGUGGGAAGAAAGUGAAAGCAGAGAAAGAUGCUUUCAAAACUCAUCUACAGCCGAAUUUCACGUCGUUGAAGAAACGGAGAUCCUUCUCAAUGUCUCCUCUUUCCCGAAAUAUGAAAAAGGCGAAGGUUGAAAAAGAGAGAGGCGUUUCAAGCACUGAGUUCACUGUCACAGAGAUAGCGGAACACAGACCUCUGUCGACGUCCGCGCUCUGCCCCGGCGUAGAGAAAGUGAAGGCCGAAGCAGACUCAAAGUCUGGACCCGGCGUGACUGGGGUAGUGAAACGCAAAGUUUUGCCAGCAUUUACAGUUUCCUGCAGUGCCAAGAAGGUGAAGGCUAAAGGAGGGCGCUUAAGGAGAACCAGGCCUUGAAUGACGACCCAUGAGAUUGUGCAGCGACGCGAUGACAGAAUAAAUAUUUUUAAGGUU